CGGUGGCACCAGGUGCUCACUGGGCCAACCAUUCCCCUCUGGAUCUCUCUAGAUUGAGACAAACAGACAAACAGACCCUCUUGGACGCGUCGUUGGUCUAGUGGUCCUCGCUCUUUCUGGCCUGGAGCAUGCGAUCGUCAUGAUGCAAGAUGCGUGAUUCUUGUUCGGACGUUAUGAGGGUCUCGAUGCGAGGACGGUGAGAGAGGCUGGGAUGCAGGGAGGAGGCCGGGGGAGGAUUAUUGGGAGAUCUCAGCUAGGCCCGCGGAGAGUUGGGAGGCUGGUGACUGCAAUGACAGCAAUGGCUGAUGAUGGGCGGGCGAUGGGCCCCGAUGGCUUGCGGGAAAUCGUUGAUUCUCACACGUGGUAGUGGUGGAAGAGGAGGUUCUGGGGCUUCUGGCGGUUUCAGAACAUGCCACCUGCGCAGUUACGUCAGUACGAAUAAGGGGAGUAAGGAUUGUCUUGCAAAGUAACGGCACCACGGGUGAGCCGGAGGUGCGAGGUGAGAAGCGAGACGUGAGAAGUGAGAAGUGAGGGAUGAUGAGUGAGAGAGAAGUGCAGUCUGAGGUUACCGCUGCCACUCCUUGCUGCUGCUGUCGCUGCUGUCACUCCCUACUCGCUACCACCAGAAGAACCAAACUGCGCCCUCUCCGGCUGCCUACGGCCAUGCGAGCGAAUUUUUCCCCAGUGCCCAUGGCUUCCAUGCUUCCAUAUUUCCACGCUUCCAUCCACUCUUCCACCACUCUCGCUGUCGUUCAUUCACACAUACGUACUCGGUGCCUCGUACGCAAUCCUUUUUUCUUUUCCUUCCCCCUAUAAUUAGACCAAUUACGUACUUCGAUACCUUCCUAUAAGGUCAUGUUCAGGCCCGUCGACUAACAAAACACCUCUCCCUCCCCUCGACCUAACCACCACCUCGUACCUUAUCCGCCGAGCCAGCAAGCGAAGCCUCGUAUCUAUCCAUCGGACUAUGCAUAUCCUAUCUGCAAAGUUAUCGUAACGGGCCAACCAUCUUGGGAAUUUUGUCUCUUGCGUGAUCAACGCCUCUUGCGCGCCUCGUCGCGCUCGGACCCAAUCAUCGUUGUCACCUCCACAAGUUCCCGUUCCGCCAUGCUGCCCCCUCUGAUCCAGAAUGCCAUCAGCAGCUUCGCGGUGUGCCUGACCCUCCUUGCCUCGCUCCAAUCGCACUCGUCGUCACAAUCCUUCCGCGCUUCGGUGUCCGCUGCGGCGGUUGGUCCUGCAGUCUCUUCCAACUUUCCUGACCCGGGCCUCGCUCUGGACACCAGCAGUGGCUCCGAGACUUGGUACGCCUUCAGCACCCAGACCGGAAAGAUCAACGUCCAGCUCGCCUCCUCACCGGACUUUUCGACCUGGAAGCUGCAUGAAGGCUACGAUGCGCUACCCACGACGCCCGCUUGGGCACGUCGGUCUCCGCAUGCUGGUGUCUGGGCUCCGGACGUGAAUCAACGUCCUGAUGGAUCGUGGGUCAUGUACUUUGCGGCCGUAGGGCGGACACAUCCACGGAAGCACUGCAUUGGUGCUGCCACCUCUCCGAACGUGACGGGGCCUUACACUCCUCUCGACGAUCCCAUCGUCUGCGAUUUGCCUCGGGGCGGCAACAUCGAUCCAAAUCUCUUCACCGAUCCCAUCAACAAUGAGAAUUACCUCGUCUACAAAACGGAUGGCAACGCAAUUGGACAUGGCGGUGCCUGUGGGAAUACCCAGACCCCUGUGGUGCCUACCCCGCUAUAUCUUCAACUGAUGGACCCUCAAGACCUUGUCACACCAAUCGGCAAGCCUGUCUACCUGUUCUCAAACGCCAACAGUUUCAAAGAAGACGGCCCCAACGUCGAACGGCCAUGUAUGGUCUACCGCAACUCAACCUACUAUCUCCUCUAUAACGCCAAGUGUUUCACCAGUAUGCAAUAUCGUAUCGACUAUGUCAGCUGCAGGGUCGGCGUCGACACGCAUACUGGUAUACUAGGCUGUGACUGGGACGCCCUUAAGAUGAAGCAGCAGACCUCCAAGGACCACACGCUACUCCAGACUGGCGAUGUCGUGUCCGGCACAAAACUUUACGCCCCUGGAAGUAUGGACGUGAGUCCUGACCAGCGCAGAGUGGUCUUUCACGGUGAUGUCAACUUGGACUGGUUCACGCCUCAUCAUCCUCACACCGUUCACCGGGACCGUGCCAUGUUUGCGGGUGAGAUUGACUUUGUGAAAUCAGAUCUUCGUGUCACUCAACUUUUCUGACCGGGAAGCCCUAAGGGAACCACCAAACGAGAAACUUUUUCGGAUAACCACGUGAGAUGACACGAGAUGACACGAUCCGACAUCUCUGAUCGAAUAACCUCUAAAGGCCCCCCGAAGGACGGCCCAUCAUCUCUCCACCGCUUGGGCAAAGUCAACAGUUCUUGCCUUCUUCUGCGAUUCUGGCUACCAAUGUUCCUUCAUGCUUCCCGAGCCCGCAUUUAAGGCUUAUGAUUUGGAAAUCCCAAAGCUCAUCCUGCAUUUUCAUUACUCAAUUCAAUUUCGACAUUCGCGGCAAUCAAUGUACAAGGCCACUAACCUGCUGCAUCUGGACGGGGUCGCGCCGCCUUGAUGCUUCAGGCUUCGAGGUUACUCGACUCUGACGAUCCUUCGAGCCGGCGCCUCAGAUUCGUUUGCUUCCCUCUCUGUCGGUUAGCAUCAGCAUUUCAUGUUUACACUUUUUCGACCUCUGUUCGGCGUAGACCUAUGCAAUCAUCAAUCCAUAGCGUCGGAGUCUUGGGUAGUAUGUUCAUCAUUUCCAAUCGCGAAGACUAACCGGACGAUGAUUGUCAGCUCUUACUUGCGUUCGACUUGUCCUACGUGAUGAGUGAAGUGCGGGACAUGGUUAAUCUUAUUUCUAAUACAUUUACCGUGGAAAGAUGACGGGGAAUUGAUUAAUGAAUGCGCAGCGGGUGCAAGACUUGAUUGGAUUUGUACAACAGAAAGAGGAUCAAUAGCGCAUCUGGUAUAGGUUGGGGAUAUUGUAGAAUUCCAAGUCGGAUAGACAUAGACGAGGUUAGACAAGCAAUAAAAAGACGUGUGCGGACUGGAGUAUGUCAGAGCAGUUCAUCGGAGCAGUUCUAGUACACAUGUAUCAAACCCAGUGGUACUACAUACUUCCCGGGCA